AUGAAUGUGGGGACAACUCCCACCUUUGUCACGAGAGCAAGAGAAGAGGUGCUGGACGCAACAAUUGCCAGCGUUACUGCCAGGAAAAAUGUUACAGGUUGGAAAGUAAUGAAUGAACCUUCACUUUCUGACUAUAGGAUUAUCGAAUUCAUUAUAACGGGGGAGUUAACUUCGUCGCUCCCUAGUCGAAAUCCUAGAAAAACAUCUUGGUCUGUGUAUAAGGUCCAUCUGAAGGAUAAUUUAGAACAGAUCGAAUAUGAUGGGGCAAAACACCCGCACUACGAUCUGAAACAAAAUGUCGAACAAAUAAGUACGGCAAUAAUAGAGGCCUUUCACUCAAGUAGUCGACUCUCGAAAGUUCGAGCAAGCAAGGAGGCAAGGAGGCUGAACGAGAACCUGUCAACCCUCAUAGUGGAGGUUCAUCGGCUCUUCAACAAGGCCAAAAGAGACGAUCACUUCUACCCCAACAGCAGCCAGAUCACAAAAAGUCAUGGCAAAGGGGGAAAACAAUCCUAUUUUGUCCCUCAGAAAGCCAGAUAUGUCAUACACGGAGGUAGAAGAGGAUCGGUUCUUCUUCUCAAAACACACUUCCAAGGUAGUGAACCCAUAAUGAACGCUGAUAUAGCAACUCAAACCAAAAAUCCCCGCAAGGAGGAUUGGGAUAUUGUUAAGAAAAUUCUUACAAGACAACGGCUGGAAUGGGCAAUAAACACAUUUCGACCACAUAAAUCACCAGGGGUAGAUGGCAUAUUCCCAGUACUCCUACAGAAAGGAAUGGAGGAGAUUAUUCCCCAUCUCCUGAAUUCAAUAAAAAGCAGUCUAGCACUGGGUCAAAUACCUAAGAUAUAG